CCGCAUGAAUGAAGCCAGCCGCAGCUCAGGAGGUCAUCAUGUCCGUCUGUCAGGUCACCGGCGGCCUGUUCCUGAGCGGCCUGGACGCCGCCCGGAGCCGCAGCUUGAUCUCCAGCAGGAACAUCACCCUGAUCAUCAACGCCAGCGGGCAGGACGUGUCCUACCCGCACGGGCCCGGGGUAGAGGUGGUGCCCGUCCCCGUCCCGGACAGCCCCCACGCCCCGCUCGCCCGCUACUUCGAGCCGGUGGCCGAGCGGAUCGACGGGAAUCGAACAGGGAACACUCUGGUUCACUGCACGGCGGGCAGGAGCCGGUCAGCGGCGCUGGUCAUCGCCUAUCUGAUGAGGUGUGAAGGCGUGUCCCUCCGCCAGGCCCACGAGGCGCUCCUGGAGAAGCGGCCUCACAUCCGGCCCAACGCCGGAUUCUGGAGACAGCUGAUGGAGUACGAGAGGGCGCUUUUCGGCAGAAACACUGUGAGGAUGACGGUGACCUCCUGCGGAGUCCUACCUGAGGCUCUGGACCCGGACGGGGCCGCCGCAUACUGCAUCAACAUCUGAAGGCCGACCUGUGGGGUCACCGAGGCCGAGCCGAUAACAACACCAUGACAACCAGAGACCAGCUGACCACCAGACAUGACA